AUGGCAGAGACGAAAAAAGGGGUCAAACAGGCCACUAUCAGCGCCUUUUUCUCGCCCCGAAAGACCGAACGCGCACCAGACGCGACCAACGCAGCCGCACCAGAGCCAAAGAGGGUCAGCGCCAAGCGCCCGAGAGCGUCGCCGCUUGGUGCUAAUUCGGAGGCUAAUUCGGAGGUUAAUGUGGAGGGUACGGGCAGCGAAAACCGGGCGCUACUAGCACCGGAUGAAGCUCCGACAAAGGCGAAAGCGAAGCCGAAUAAGGACAAAACUGCAGCAGUGGGCAAGACAACGACGGCGUUGAACGCCAGUAAGAAGACGAAAAAGAAGAAGAAGAAGAAGCAGCGGCUCGUGCGCUUUACGUCUCCUCAUGCCGUGACUGCUCACGAUAGCGAAGACGGAUGUUUCGAUGAGGAGGACGACGUGGACGACGAGGACGAUGUGUUUAGCACGCCAGAAGCCAAGAGAGCUCGAGCUGAACUGGAGACGGGCGCUGGGGUUGUUCCUGCUGGAGCUCUAAUUCUGAACGACGACGUUGUUGAUGACGAAGAGAUCGUCAAUGUCGGCGAAGACGAUAGUGUGGCAACGAUCGAAGUGACUGAAGCGAGAAACGGAGACGCUGCGUCUGGCGUUGUUGAUUUGACUGUCGUGCCAGCUGCAGAGAAUGCAGCAGAGCCAGCAGCUACUAGUGCUGAUGAAAGCAAGAAGGCACGGACGAAAGCGACGACUCAGUCGUCUGCUAUGAAAAGCACUACAGCAGCUGCCACGGCUAUGACGAAACGACAGGUUGCUGUGAAAGAACUGGCUACAGCUGCUGCAGCGACAAAGCUUGCUCGAGUAGAACCUUUAGAUCCGGUCAUACAGGCCCGUGUGGAUACGUACAAGAUGAAGACUGAUGAGCUGACAAGUGUGUACAGAGAGCUCUCUCUGUCUGAGCUGGAAAGCGAUGCGAUUAUGCAAGAUAUAUACGGCGUUAAACUAGAUUACGACCUGGACGUCAUCGUGGACGAAGGAAAAGUGCAACGAGCGCUGAUAGAGACGUGGCAGAAACUUCGGGAUUAUGCGCGCUCUAUUCCUGACACUACAGAUGUAGUCGUGUUGCCCACUACAGUACCAUUUCCCCACGAAGUAAAGUGUUUCAUCGUAAGAGCUAUCCAGGGGCGAUCUGCAAGCUUGUCAGUGGUGUCGCGAGGACUUCUCGCCGCGUUUAAGAAAGACAUUGAAGUGGCAAAUCGUGACGUAGAGAAGACAGUAAAGAAGAGCGUGAUUGACGGUUGCACAGUAGACCGUGCGGCAUCAUUAGCGAUGGAGAUGGAGAUCAAAACGCUAGCGCAACGCAUUCCGCAUGGGGUGCGUCCUGCGAAGGCAAAUGUGUUCGAAGACACUACCGUCGAUGCACUGUGGGUGUGGGAGGUAGGCAGUCCAGAGAUGUACUUUGGCGAUGAAGCACAGAAGACCGUGAAGCGCAUGCGUAAGCAUCGCAAGCGUUUUGGUCAGCAGCUGAAAACGCUAGCCAAGGUCGUUCAACUCUUGCAUCAGAAGCCUGUAGAUGAGGCAAAAGUGAGUGCUGAAGAAGCAAAGGUUGGGAAGUUUGGAUUCGUAGUGGCUGCUGAGCUACAAAAGGCGAAGGAUAAAGAGAUGAAAGUGUUGGAGAAACUCGCUGCUGCCGAGGAGAAGAAGCAGCUUGAAAAGCGCCGUCUGUUGGAGCGCCAGGAAGCAAAGGAUGAGGAAAAGCGAAAGCGCGAUCGUGAAGUGGAGGAGAAGGAGAUGGGGUCAUCCAAGGCGCAAAAGAAGUUCAAGUCCUUUUUCGCGACGGAUGCAGCAAACAGUACUGGAACUUGUGACUCUGUCGUGACGGACACGACAUGUGACCACGAUGCGAAGACUACUGUCCAUCCGGCAGAAAGCAAGAGCACCAAGAUUGCUCGCAUGGACGCAGCUAUUGGCUUCUUGGGCUCCGCGGGAGACACGUCACUCGUUGAUACACCAAGCACGUCAGUCCAGACCAGUGUCUCGUUACUGAAAGGUAGACGGGGUACAACAGGCACUGCAGCAGAUCUGACUUCGUCAUCUAGUUGGAGUUCUCGGCGCCACCGCGACCCAAACUUUGGCGUGAUGAAGUUGCUGCAAUUUCAUGAGAACAACCGGCCAGCGUAUUACGGCACUUUCAGCACUCGUAGCCGCCUCUUCCGCGGUGGCCGCCGUCCGUUUACACAGUACUCCAAGUUCGACUACACUGUCGACAGCGAUGAUGAGUGGGAGGAAGAAGAGCCAGGUGAGAGCCUGUCGGACGAUGAAAACGACGGCGAUGAGUCUGACGAAGAUACGCUGGACUACAACGACCAGUGGCUAGCGUAUGAGGAUGAAGUGGAUUAUAUGGACGAUGCGGACAAAGAAGGUGACCGAAUAAGCGGUGAAGCACCAGCGUCACCGACAAAGCGCAAGCUGCCAUCGCAGCUCGAGAAGAAGCGCAGAGCAGUCAAGUCGGCCAAGCUGGAGCCCCAGAUUAUCGGCCCCUUCUGGUAUGUCCACGGGGGUGACAACUGUCCGUCGAGCCAUUUUCCCGAGCUCGCGGGUGAGCUGUUGAGCGAGCCUCUGUUCGAAUCCAGUUUGAUGCAAAAAGCUCGUGAGUAUGAAGAAGAGCAGAGGCGUCAAGAGCAGCAACGGCAGCAGCAAGAAGUCGAGCGGCAGGAGCAGGAAAAGCUGAGAGCACACGACAAGGAAGACCAAGGGAAGCAGACAGGGACAGCUCAGGCUACUCCAGAGAAGCUAACAGCUGCAGUGGAGACAAAGCAGCCAGAAGCUAUUUCACAGCAGCUUCUGUCGCAGAAAGUCAAUGCAAACAAGACGUUGGCUGCAGCCAGAUCGACACCCACCACGACGUGUGCACAAUCGCCGUCACCGGCCAAAGCGCCGAAACAAAUCGACUCGUGGUUCAAGAAGGUGUCAAAUCCCGUAUCAGCCCCAACAACAACUGCAACUGCAGCAACUGCAAGACUGUCAAGGCCUUCGAGUCCGUUACCGACCGAUCGUGCGGACGCGAACAAGUCACUGGACGAGCACAGCAAGAAACGUAUCGACGUUGUUGAGAUCGACUGUGACGAGUGA